GAACAAAUCGUGGAAGUCCAGGAAAUGGUUGAUGAAACCAUAAGAGACCGUAGUCUUUAUGACCCACAAUCCCUAAAAUAUUUUUUUAAAAUAUUAACAGAUGUUAGCCAGGAUAACAACCCUGAUGGCGAUGACGAAGGAGAAGAUAAUAUUUCUCAACAACCAAGACCUACCGUAACUGAAGUAUUCGACGCCUACUAUGACAAAUCCACAGAAGAACCUCUUGAAAGUAUUGCUUUCGGCUCUAAGGAAGAAGAACGAGAAACUGAAUUGGAAGUUCUUCUUCAAAAGCUCGUUGCCGAAUGUGAAGCUGCGACAAAGAAAGAAGCUGAAGAAAAAAAUAAUGACUUACCCGACGAACACAUAAAGGUUGCUAGAAUAGGAGGCGCUGAAGAAACAUACCUAGUUGGACCUUACUGCGAAGAAGUUGGAGUUAAGGAGGUUAAAGAAAAGAACGAAAUUGAAGUCGAAAAGGAAGAGGCUGGAGUUGAAAAGAACGAAGAAAAAGAAGUUGAAAUUAAAAGAGAAGAAAAGGAAGAAACUAAAGAAGAAAAAAGAAAAAAGUAUGAGGAAAAUGUACCCGCGAGAAUUGGAAAAAUCGUAGGUGAAACCGAAGAUGAAGACGAUGACAACGAAGCUGACAAAAAUGAAGAAGUUAACGAUGACGACGAUGAGACGAUUGUAGACGAAGAAGAUGAUGCAAAGAAAGAAGACAUAAAAGAACUUACCAAAAAAAGUAAAGACCUGGAUUAUGGCUGCAAAUCGUGGAUAAAGAAAGUUGAAGGAUUUAGAACUAAUGAAAAGUGGAAGAAAAAAGUUAGAGUAUUUUUAGGCAAGAACAAGGGUGAUUUCGAUGAAAAUAAGAGGGAAGAAUUCAUACCACCUCGAGUUCCGAUGUUCGACACUGCCCCUGGUCAAGUCGUAAAAGAAAGAGUUACCAAAAAGAUGAAAGUGAUGAAGCAAAGAAGCCAAGAGUCAAAUCAUAGAUCAAGAUCAAAGGGUAGAAAAAGAGAUAAAAAAAGCGCUAAAAUGCAGGGGAAAGAGAGUAAAAAUUCGCAGAUCGGUAACAUCCACUCUUAUAUACCUAAAAUAGUUAGAAGUUUAAUCAUGUUGGAUGAAAUCGUCAAUGAUAUUACUUGGUCUAAACCUAUUGAAAUAACCCCAAUGCCACCACUCUACAAUGACUCACAUGAUCUGGUAAACCGGGUAUCCUUGACAUCAGCAACUCCAGCACAGAAGAGGUUACUUCAUGAAAUGGUUACUCCCUACUAUUACACCGUCGCUCUUAAGGUUUAUGAUGUCUUCGUAGUUGUCAGAAUAGACCAAAUAUACCGCACUACAAGAGUAACCUACCACUUGGUAUACUUCUACUACUUGGGGAUAAUCUUUGCAGCGGCAACUCCAGCACAGAAGAGAUUACUUUGUGAAAUGGUUACACCUACUAUUACACUGUCGCUCUUAAGGUUUAUGAUGUCUUCGUAG